UGCCCACUGGACGGCGCCAGGGAGCUGACACACACCCUGCAGCAGAAGGGGCGAAGUGUGCACACGUGUUCCUGUGCGUGUGCAUGGACAUAUCCUCCAAGUGCAUGAUUUAAAUGCAGCCCCCUGGCUUGGGGUCCUGACCUGUAACCUCGGAGCACCCCGGAGCAUAGCCUGUGGGUUCUGUGAUGGCCUCAGCCAGGGUCCCAGAGGAGCAGAGCUCAGGACCCCAGGGGGCUGGGGGUGCAGAAUGCAGCCAGCCAGGCCUCCCCUUGGCUGAAAUGCAGCCACCUCUGGGGAGCAGCCAGGUGGCUUGUGUGUGUCGGAGGUGGUGCAAGGCCCCAGGGCAAGGGCAGUGCUGUGGGUUUGGGCUUGGAUGAGGCCAUGAGGAGCACGGUUGUGUUUGGAGGCAGGGGGUUCAGACCGCCAAGGUGCCUGGCUGGGGGAAGCUGAGGAAGGUACUGUGGUGGCACUGGGGGAAGUUGUGGGGAGCUGCAUCAUGUGUGCACAUGUGUAUGCAUGGGUCCCAGGCUGGGGUGGGGGCUCCUCUCCUGCUCUGCUGAUGCCCCCCACCCCAGCUGUGCCAGUGCCCCUCACUCCUGACCCACAGUCCCCCCAUCUGCAAUCCCCCCACUGCAACUGUGCUGGUGCCCCUCACUCCUGACCCACAGCCCCCACAUCUGCAAUCCCUUCACCCCAGCCAUGCCGGUGCCCCUCACUCCCAACCCGCAGCCCUCUUCUCAUCCCCCUACAGCUGUGGGGAGUUGGACCCACUUUCCCUGCUGUACACCCCCACUCCCUUGCAAUGGGGCCUGUUCCCUGCAAUGCUCCCUUCAAUCCAAAUCUCCCCUUGGUGCCCAGGGGCUGUGCCCAGGGGUGCCCAGAUGUUGGACAGCUCCUGCCUGGGCUGGGCUGGGCUGGGCUGGCUGCAGCUGUCUGUGGAGGAGGGCUCUGACAAGCUCCUCCCUGCAAGGCUGGACAUGCCGUUGCCUUUAAGCCGGGCAGAUGCCUGCACACCCAUGCUGGCCACCGCCUGCCCAGGCAGCAGGUGCACAGGGCACUGGGGACCCGCUCUGGGCACCGGGGCCCACCAUGCUGCCUGCCUGGUUGCUUCCGCUGUGCUGCCUGCUCCUGCCCUUGGGCUGUGCCAGCCCCUGCCCUGGGGGCUGCAGGUGCUUCGGGACCCUCCAGCUCCAGUGCCUGGAGCCCAGUGGCCUCCGCAGCCUGGCAGAGCUGGCAGGGACGGAGAACUUCACUGACGUGGUCAUUGAGAACCAGAGGGCGCUGAGCCGCCUGACAUUGGACGACAUGAAGGCCUUCCGGGAGCUGAAGAACCUUACCAUCACUGGCUCGGGGCUGCACUCCAUCACCGAGGACGCCUUCCACGCCACCCCCAAGCUCAGCUACCUGAACCUCUCAUCCAACGCACUGGCGUCGCUGUCCUGGAAAACCUUCCGCCACCUGCCACUGCAGGAGCUGGUGCUCGUGGGGAACCCCUUCCAGUGCUCCUGUGACCUCCUGUGGCUGCAGCUGUGGCAGCGAAGUGGCCAGGCUGGGCUGGGGAACCAGUCGCUGAGCUGCUGGGGGCACAACGUGGAGGUUCUGCUGGCUGAGCUGCACGUUCCAGACUGUGAGCUGCCACGGAUCUGGAUCGAGCACCAUGAUGUGCCGGUGCAGCAGGGCGAGAGUGUAAACCUGACGUGCCACAUCCUGGGUGACCCGCCAGCCACCGGUGCUUGGAUCGUGCCUGACGUGGGCCUUGAACCGCCUGUCAUCGUCCAGGUGUCAGCCUCGGAGGUCUCCCUACAGAUCCACAAUGUCUCAUCCACCUUCAACCGCAAGGAUGUAACCUGCUGGGCUGAGAAUGGGGUGGGCCGCACUGAGGAGGCCGUGCAGCUCAAUGUCACCUUCCCGGCCGUGAUCCUGGACCUGCAGGAUGCCAUCGCGCAGCACUUCUGGUGCAUCCCCUUCUCGGUGGACGGGAACCCGGCGCCCAGCAUCCGGUGGCUGUUCAACGGCUCGGCGCUGCCUGAAGGGCCCUACAUCCACACGCGUAUCGUGGAGGCCGAGCUCAACUCCACCGUGCUGCAUGGCUGCCUGCACCUCAACCGCCCCACACACGUCAACAAUGGCAACUACACGCUGCUUGUACGCAACCCUCUGGGCACCAAUGCCCGCACCAUCUACGGGCGCUUCAUGGACAACCCCUUCAGCUUCAACCCCGAAGAGCCCAUCCCAGUGUCGCUGUCUCCCGUGGGCCAUGGGAACAGCACCCAGGAGGGGCCGGUGGAGACGUCGGAGGACCAUGGCAUUGGGGUCUCAGUGGCCGUGGCGCUGGCCGUCUUCGCCUGCGUCUUCCUAUCUGUCAUGCUCAUUGUGCUCAACAAGUGUGGGCGACACUCCAAGUUCGGCAUCAAUCGCUCGGCCGUGCUGGCACAGGAGGACGAUGUAGCCAUGUCCCUGCACUUCAUGAACCUGGGCAGCAGCCCCCUGUCCUCAGCGGAGAGCAAACUGGAUGGGGUGAAAGCCAGCGUCAUCGAGAACCCCCAGUACUUCUGCGACACCUGUGUCCACCACAUCAAGCGGCGGGACAUUGUGCUGAAGUGGGAGCUGGGCGAGGGCGCCUUCGGGAAGGUUUUCUUGGCCGAAUGCUACAACCUCAUCCCCGACCAGGAGAAGAUGCUUGUGGCUGUCAAGGCGCUGAAGGAAGCCACGGAGAGCGCCCGGCUGGACUUCCAGCGUGAGGCAGAGCUGCUGACGGUGCUGCAGCACGAGCACAUCGUGCGCUUCUACGGCGUGUGCACAGACGGCGAGCCCCUCAUCAUGGUCUUCGAGUACAUGAAGCAUGGCGACCUCAACCGCUUCCUCAGGUCCCACGGGCCAGAUGCCAAGAUCCUGGACAACGGGAAUGGGCAGCCGUUUGGGCAGCUGACACUGAGCCACAUGCUGCAGAUCGCCACGCAGAUCGCCUCGGGCAUGGUGUACCUGGCUUCCCUGCACUUCGUGCACCGCGACCUGGCUACCCGCAACUGCCUGGUGGGCCACGGCAUGGUGGUGAAGAUUGGGGACUUCGGCAUGUCCCGGGAUAUCUACAGCACCGACUACUACCGAGUGGGGGGCCGCACGAUGCUGCCCAUCCGGUGGAUGCCCCCCGAAAGCAUCCUCUACCGCAAGUUCACCACUGAGAGCGAUAUCUGGAGCUUCGGGGUGGUGCUCUGGGAGAUCUUCACCUACGGGAAGCAGCCCUGGUACCAGCUCUCCAACACUGAGGCUAUCGAGUGCAUCACGCAGGGCCGGGAGCUGGAGCGCCCGCGGACCUGCCCCUCCGAGGUCUACGACAUCAUGCAGAGCUGCUGGCAGCGCGAGCCUCCCCAGCGCCAGAGCAUGAAGGAGAUCCACCGCCGGCUGCAAGCCCUGGUCAAGACGCCGCCUGUCUACUUGGACAUCCUGGGCUAGCAGCCAAGGGGCCACGGCUGUGGCCGGGGGGAGCUCCCACUGCUCCCUCAGACCCGGUGCAGCCCGGGACGGGAUGCCAAAAUUGCUGUGAGCCUGCGACGGAUGGACGGAUGGAGGCUUCCUGCUGCUGGGUGCCUGCCCCAGCCCUGCUCACCCUUUCCCUGUCCCUGGCUGGGGGCUGCCUGGACUUCAACCCCCACCUUACCCUGCAUCUGGGGCCACCAGAUGCUGCUUGUGUUUCGGAGCGGGCCGGACUCUUGCUUUUCCCGAUCAGAGGUUGGCCAAUAGGGUUGAUGGGACGGGGGUGUGGAUGGGGCUGUCCCGCAGUCCCCGUGUGUUUCUAAACCUAUUUAUUCUUGUAAGCACUAGAUCAUUGCUAUAGGGGCUUCUCGGGGCGGGGUGGGGGGUGCCUGAUUGUACAGAACCAGAGGCUCAUGGCAGCCAGGGGGGCUGCACCGUCUUGCACCCCAGCCAUAGAGCAUCCAUUGCACCCAUGAAGGGUUUGCGGGGGCCAUGGCUCCCAUCCUUCCCACCUGCAAGUUCCAGUUGGGGUCUCCUGGGGGCCAAGGGGGCUGGUCUGCAGCAAGGGGAGACCUCACCAUGGCAGGAGCUGGCACUGGGCAGAGGUGAUGGAGGUGACUCUGGGCUUAUGCAAUGGGCCCGAUUCUGCUUGUGCUGCAGCGAUGCCUGGUUCGACCCUGUCCGCAUGGGUCUAGCAGCAGCUGGGACCUCCCUGUCACUGGGCCUCCUUGCACGAGCACACCUGCUGGGGCCACGUGCACCCGUGGCUUUGCACAGGGACCUGCUGUGAAAUAAAACCU